AUGGCUGCUUCUGAGUUGGACAAAGAAGAAAGGAGAGGAGAAAUACUUACAUGGAGUUUGUUAGCAUCAAUGGGAAUAAUAGUUCUGCUUGGCCUGAUCUGGAUUCUACACAUUCGAAAGACGACAAAGAAAAAGCUGAAAAAAGGAGAAAGGUAUAUCGAACUUCAGAAUGAGGAGUUGGAGCUACCCUCAUUUGACUUCUCAACGAUAUCUAAAGCUACCAACAACUUUGCAAUCGACAAUAAGCUUGGAGAGGGUGGAUUUGGACCUGUUUAUAAGGGCAUGCUGGAAGACGGACAAGAAAUUGCUGUGAAACGGUUAUCAAAAACUUCCGAGCAAGGAAUUGAUGAAUUCAAGAAUGAAGUGGUAUGCAUUUCCAAGCUUCAGCAUCGAAAUCUCGUGAAGCUUCUUGGAUGCUGCAUUGAAAAAGAGAAAAAGAUGUUGGUUUAUGAAUACAUGCCCAACAAAAGCCUGGACUUUAUUCUAUUUGAUGAAACAAAAAGUAGGUUACUUGAUUGGCCCAAGCGCUUCAAUAUUAUCAAUGGCGUUGCCAGGGGUCUAAUAAGUUUUGGAGGAGAUGAGACUGGAGCCAAGACUCGCCGGAUUGUGGGAACAUAUGGCUACAUGUCACCAGAGUAUGUAUUGGGCGGCGUGUUCUCCAUAAAAUCAGAUGUAUAUAGUUUCGGUGUCUUGGUGCUAGAAAUUGUCAGUGGAAAGAAGAAUUGGGGAUUUUCUCAUAGUGAUCACCACCUCAACCUUCUUGGACAUGCAUGGAUACUUCACAAAGAGGGAAGGUCACUGGAACUAGCUGAUACUUGUCAAGCUGUUUCACAGUACUUAAAAGAAGUGCUACGAUCAAUCCAUGUCGGUCUGUUAUGCGUGCAACAAUAUCCAGGAGAUAGGCCUAGCAUGUCUACAGCGAUUUUCAUGUUGGAAAAUGAAGUUGAGCUCCCGAACCCUAAACGGCCUGGUUUUUUCACAGAAAGAGAUUUAGUUAUUGCUGAGAGUUCAACCAGCAAAAAUGCAGCCAACUCAUUAAACGAAGUGACAAUUACGUUACUAGAUGCCAGAUAG